AUGUAUAUGAACACACCCGGAGAACCAGGAAGAGCAUGGGAACGCUGCCUGGAGCGGCUGGAGGCUGUCGAGGAGAGGGAGAGCGGAUUUGAGAGGACACACUGUAAAUCAACCUGGACCUGCCUGCGGUCGGUGCUCCUCUGUUCCUCAGCCUCCUGUCAUCAAACUGCUUUGAGACAGUCCCAGUGUGCACUUCAGGAGAGCAGCGCUGGUACCAUGUGGCAGGCAGGCAUCUGGGCUACAUUAGCACCAGGUGCUGCCAGUCAGUGGAGCGCCCCGGGACAUCAGCCUUGA